AGAAACAUGAAACUUGACUACGUGCUCAAGCAAGUUUUACUUCUCCCUCGUGCAGGGGUGUCUGCCAGCAGCCUGCACUCUCAGAAAUCAGACUCAAGUGACUAGGACUCUCGAGAUCAAAGGCUUACCAUGCUACUCCCCAGGACAGCCAGGGACUGCUGACGUGACCACUGGACAGUGAUCUGUGGUUCGUAUAGUUACCAAAAAGAAUGGAUAAGCUUAAUAAAAUAACUGUCCCCGCCAGUCAGAAGUUGAGGCAGCUUCAAAAAAUGGUUCAUGACAUCAAGAACAAUGAAGGUGGAAUAAUGAACAAGAUCAAAAAGCUGAAAGUCAAAGCACCUCCAAGUGUUCCGCGAAGGGACUAUGCCUCAGAGAGGCCAGCUGACGAAGAGGAGCAGUGGUCAGAUGACUUUGACAGCGAUUAUGAAAACCCAGAUGAGCACUCCGACUCGGAAAUGUAUGUGCUGCCGGCGGAGGAGGCUGGGGACGACAGCUACGAGCCACCACCCACCGAGCAGGAGACUCGGACAGUUCACCGGGCCCUGCCCUUCACCAGGGGCGAGUACGUAGACAAUCGGUCAAGCCAGAGGCAGUCUCCGCCCUUCAGCAAGACUCUUCCCAGUAAACCCAACUGGCCUUCAGCAAAGACAAGGCAGGCCGCCACUCUGCCAGCCCCGACUUCUCUGCACAAACCUCAAGUCCCACCCAGACCCAAAGAGCUCCUUGAGGAUGAGGCUGAUUAUGUGGUCCCUGUGGAAGAUGAAGAUGAAAACUACAUUCAUCCCACAGAAGACAGUUCACUCCCAUCUGAAAAAGCUCCCAUGGUGAAUAGAUCAACCAAGCCAAAUAACUCCUCAAAGCCAGCUUCACCUCCAGGGACAGCUUCAGGUCGAAAAAGUGGGGCCUGGGACUCUAAGUCAACCUCUUCACCUGCUGUGCCAUCCCCACUGCCCAGGGCUGGGAAAAAAACAGCUACGCCACUGAAGAUGACUCCAGUUGUCUCUCAACAGAAUGCCUCAAGUGUUUGUGAAGAAAAACCUAUACCCGCUGAACGCCACCGAGGGUCUAGUCACAGACAAGAAAAUAUGCAGUCACAAGUUUUUCCUCCUCCUCCCCAGAAACCAAUUCAUCAAAAACCCAUACCUCUGCCAAGAUUUCCAGAAGGAGGAAGCCCAACUGUGGAUGGCCCAUUACCCAGCUUUUCAUCUAAUUCCAAUUUGUCAGAACAGGAAGCUGACGUUCACUGUAAACCAUGGUACGCUGGUGCCUGCGAUCGAAAGUCGGCCGAAGAGGCAUUAUACAGAUCAAACAAGGAUGGAUCAUUUCUUAUUCGGAAAAGCUCUGGCCAUGAUUCCAAACAGCCAUAUACACUAGUUGUAUUUUUUAAUAAGCGAGUAUAUAAUAUCCCUGUGCGAUUUAUUGAAGCAACAAAACAGUAUGCUUUGGGCAGAAAGAAAACUGGUGAAGAGUACUUUGGAAGUGUUGCUGAAAUCAUCAAGAAUCAUCAACACAGUCCCCUGGUUCUUAUUGACAGUCAGAAUAACACAAAAGAUUCCACAAGACUGAAAUAUGCAGUUAAAGUUUCAUAAAUUAAAAAAAAAUUUUAAAGGAAGUCAACAUCAUUGCUUCAGAUAUUUUACCUACUUCUACUUUUGAGGAAAAAGUCCAAAAACUUCAUAUUUUGGAUUAUGAAUCGUCCAGUAAUAAAAUAGAAGAUGAGGAAGCUGUUGAGUGGUCGUCGACUUCCUUAUAAGAAGCUCACAUGGACAUGUUCUGUUGCCUGACUUGAUGAACUGUUAAUAUCUGGUGAGGCUGAGAAUAUGCUACUAAUAUUCUCCAAAUAAAUGUCUUUAUUUAAAAAAA